GUCACCGAAGGCUACAACGGCACCAUAUUUGCUUACGGCCAGACUGGCAGCGGGAAGUCAUUCACCAUGCAGGGAAUUGUGGAUCCGUCUGCGCAGAAAGGCAUCAUACCCAGGGCAUUUGAACACAUUUUUGAGAGCGUACAGUGUGCUGAAAAUGCCAAGUUCUUGGUAAGAGCUUCCUACCUGGAGAUUUACAAUGAAGACAUACGAGACCUUCUAGGAGCUGAUACCAAGCAGAAGUUGGAGCUGAAAGAGCACCCGGAGAAGGGGGUGUACGUGAAGGGGCUCUCCCUGCACACCGUGCACAGCGUGGGCCAGUGCGAGCGGAUCAUGGAGACGGGCUGGAAGAACCGAGCUGUGGGUUACACCCUCAUGAACAAGGAUUCUUCCCGCUCCCACUCCAUCUUUACUGUCAAUAUGGAAAUCAGCACCGUCGAUGAGCGAGGGCAGGACCACCUCAGGGCCGCGAAACUCAAUUUAGUGGAUCUGGCAGGAAGCGAGAGACAGUCAAAAACUGGAGCCACUGGGGAGCGGCUCAAAGAGGCCACCAAAAUCAACCUCUCCCUCUCAGCUCUGGGCAACGUCAUCUCAGCCCUGGUCGAUGGCAGGUGUAAACACAUCCCCUACCGAGACUCAAAGCUGACCAGGCUGCUGCAGGACUCGCUCGGAGGAAAUACCAAGACGCUGAUGGUCGCGUGCUUAUCGCCAGCUGAUAACAACUAUGAGGAAAGCCUCAGUACUUUGCGCUAUGCUAAUCGAGCGAAAAACAUCAAGAACAAGCCCUGUAUCAACGAGGACCCCAAGGAUGCUCUGCUGAGGGAGUACCAGGAGGAGAUUAAGAAGCUGAAGGCCAUUCUAGCCAAACAGAUGGGCGCCAAUAACUUGUCAGCCCUGGAAACAAGGCUUCUGCCUGCUGAGACUGCUCACCUGGAAGCAAAGCCAGCUCCCCUCCUCAAAGCCCAGACAGACGUGGAAGCAGAGAAGCAGCUAAUCAGGGAAGAGUACGAAGAGAGGCUGGCCCAGCUAAUGGCCAGCUACAAAGCAGAGCAGGCGUCCCGUGCCCGCCUCGAAGAGGACAUCUGGAGCCUGAAGAAUCACUACAACCUCAAGCUGUCUGCGCUCGAGGAGAACCUCUGGAAGGAAGCAGCUGCCUUGAGGACUGAAACUACUCCUGACGAGACACCUCUGCACGAAGACGCUGUUGCUGCAGCAGAUGAAGAACCAACGUCAGCCCAGGUCCCAGCAGUGCCUGGGACUGUCCAAGACGCUGGUGGCGUGAGCAGGGGGAGCGCUGGAGCAGAGGUGGCUGUCGCUGCCGAGGGGAUUUCACUGCCUGCAGACCAGCAGCGGGUGCUCGCCAGGCUGCAGAUGUUAGAGCGACAGGUGGUGGGAGGAGAACAAGCGGAAAACAAGGACCUCAAAGAAAAGCGUAAACGCCGGAAAAAAUACGCGGACGAGCGGAGGAUGCAGCUGGCGGCGGCGCUGCAGCAAUCUAACGAGGACAGCAGUGACUGGGUUCUGCUCCACGUCUACGACUCCAUCCAGGAGGAGGUUCGAGCCAAGAGCAAGCUUCUGGAGAAGAUGCAGAAGAAGCUGCGAGCUGCCGAGACCGAGAUCAAAGAUCUGCAGUCGGAGUUUGAGCUGGAAAAGAUCGAUUAUCUCAGCACCAUCCGCCGCCUGGAGCGAGACCUGCUGCUCUCCCAGCAGCUGCUGGAUCAGGUGCAGUCCCUCGUCCGCCGCGACUGUAACUACAGCAAUCUGGAGAAGAUCAAGCACGAAUCCAUCUGGGAUGAGGAAACCGGUCGCUGGAAAAUUCCAGAGCCCGUCAUUCAAAAAACCCACCUGCCCACAGGUAAGAGGACACUGCCACAGCCCACACCUGCCCCAAAGAGCUCUUCAGCCGAGAGCAGGGAGCUGACGGUACGCUGCGCCCGCUACAAACUGGUGCUGAACAGGAGCGACAGUGAGACCAUCGCCAACAACUACUUUAGAUCCACACGCACCAGCCGCAUCCUCCACGCCGACCCCCCAGGGAGCCGAG